AUGUUCCCUUUCCUGAGCUUCAACAUGACCGGCCUCAACCCCACGGCCCACUACAACGUCUUCGUGGAGGUGGUGCUGGCCGAUCCCAACCACUGGCGCUUCCAGGGGGGCAAGUGGGUGACCUGCGGCAAGGCCGACAACAACAUGCAAGGCAACAAGGUUUAUGUACACCCUGAAUCUCCGAACACUGGAGCCCACUGGAUGAGACAGGAGAUCUCCUUUGGGAAACUGAAACUGACCAAUAACAAGGGGGCCAAUAAUAACAACACCCAGAUGAUCGUGCUGCAGUCACUGCACAAGUAUCAGCCGCGGCUCCACAUUGUAGAGGUGACAGAAGACGGUGUUGAAGAUAUAAACGACUCUUCUAAGACUCAGACAUUUAAUUUUCCUGAAACACAAUUCAUCGCUGUUACUGCCUAUCAGAACACUGAUAUCACACAGCUUAAAAUCGACCAUAAUCCUUUUGCAAAAGGUUUCCGGGACAACUAUGAUUCCAUGUACACAGCCUCAGAAAAUGACAGAUUAACUCCAUCUCCCACGGAUUCUCCUAGAUCCCACCAGAUCGUCCCAGGAGCCCGGUACAGCGUACAACCCUUCUUCCAGGAACAAUUUGUCAACAACUUGCCACCUGCUAGAUUUUAUAACGGGGAAAGAACUGUGCCCCAGACAAAUGGCCUCCUCUCUCCUCAACAGAACGAAGAAGUGACCAAUCCCCCCCAGAGGUGGUUUGUCACUCCCGUCCAGCAGCCCGGAGCCAACAAGCUGGACAUGAACUCUUAUGAGACCGACUACUCUGCUAGCACUCUACUUCCUUAUGGCAUAAAAUCCCUCCCUCUCCAGACAUCCCACGCCUUGGGCUACUAUCCUGAUCCAGCUUUCUCCUCCAUGGCGGGAUGGGGAAGCAGAGGCUCUUACCAGACGAAAAUGUCUACUGGCUUACCUUGGACCUCCAGGACAAGUCCUCCAGGUUUCUCUGAAGACCUGCUCUCUAAGGAGAAAGUGAAAGAAGAAAUGGGGUCAUCCUGGAUAGAGACGCCGCCGUCCAUAAAGUCUCUAGAUUCGAACGAUUCAGGAGUCUACACCAGUGCGUGUAAAAGGAGACGACUCUCCCCCAGCACCUCAAGCAACGAAAAUUCUCCAACAAUGAAGUGUGAGGACAUUAAUACAGAGGACUUUGGCAAAGACUCUUCGAAAGGCAUGGGUUAUUAUGCUUUCUACACCAGCUCUUAA